CAGUACUUAUCUUCUUAUUUAAAACAAUGACAGAUAACAUAUAGCAUGGAAAUUAUUUACCACUUUUCUCGUGGCCAUAUUUAAAGUUAUUUCAUUAAUAUCGACGUUAGGGAGGCGGUAUAUCGGAGACCGGUUUUUGACGAACAUAUGUUGAGAGUGGCUGACCUUUUCCACCACAAUGAAGCAGACAAAGCAGGCGAGAUUCUGACAGUUUUAGCCACUGAAAUACUUGCCAAGUGUCCUGUUGGAGACUUUCGGUCAAAGUUUAUUGUCAGGGAUCUAGAUAUGUGGAUAACAUGUUUCGUCCUUUCUUUUGAUGGAGAUUGGAGAAAACGAUUAUUAGAGGUCCUUAAAGGAACAAACUGCGAACUUGUGACCGGUGACGAUAAAGAAGACGAAGAAGAGAACUUGUAUCGGUGUAGGUUAGAACUGAGGAAACUGUUUCCUUUUAUAAAGAUUCCAAAACAAGAAGAUAUAAUCGAAACAACUGCUGUCGGUGGAGACACCCCAGAGCGUAAAUCUCUCUUUUAUAACAGUCUUCGUGCUGAGAAGUUUCCUGUUGUUAGUUUACGACGGUUAGAAAAAGGCGAUUUCACACCUGAAAUAAGCGAAGAACCUAUACAAGUGAUGCUGUUUCGGUUCCACAGCCUAACAACGCUGGGGUCCUGUAAGCGUGGUCUUAGUCACGAUCUGUAUGGAGUCUUGCUUCUACGGAAAUGUAUACAGACGGCAAAGGGAAACCUUCCAUAUACCAAUGAUUCAAGUUCGUUCCACACAUUUCAAGUGAAAGCCGAUCCGGAUGACGAUAUGGAAGCUGGCCCGUCACAGCCGAAAUCAAGACGGAUGGAGUCGAUACCUUUUCAGCAACUCAAUAACACCACAGGAUUAUCAAUG